ACCAUCUAAUAACAAUGUCUCCGUUUCUGUUCCGUAUCGACUUCAUAUGCAUAUUAGUAUUGUACUUAACCAAUGGCAAUUUUUUAUAAAAGUAGUCCAAAAUGAAGAAAAUAAAUUGCAACCUGGCUUUAUUUGUGCUAGUGGUAAUGAAACAAGUAAGGUUUGUUUAACGCCUUCCCAGGCUGUUAAUAGUGUGUAUCAUAUUAUUUUUGGAAAGAAAACAGCAUAUUCGGGACCUGCAAUUCUCAGAUUUAACGAUGAAAAAAUAGUCAAAAAAUUAUUAACUGGAGUAGUAUUUAGGCCUCUUUUUUUAAAUAUAGGGAAACAUGUUGUAGUGGUGUCAAAAAUUGAAGAUCAAAAAUUUACAUCAUCAGUGUUAACAAAAAAGAGCCAAAAAACCCUCGCUUUACAAAAAAUAAACCAUAAUGUCUUUACUUUGGAUUUUUAUAAGGGCGAACAAAUAUUAUGGCAUUAUGAGGAUCAGUCUGCUAAUGGUGUAUGGGCUCAAGCUGGAAUUGCAAUGCAACUUGAUGGCGAAUCGCUUUAUGGUUUUAAUCACCCUACAACUAAUCUAUUAGAAAACUGGCAAAAUUUGUUUAUUACUUGGAUACGUCAAGAAAAUACAAUAAUCGAGUUCCAUUAUGCACUUUCUAUUAUAUAUCCAUCUACUUAUGAAUUGAAUGAGAAUGAACUUCGAGCCUGGAGAGGAAUGUUAUCUUCAUGUGGAUGCGCUGAUAUAACACCAUAUUCCAAAUCUGAACAUAAAGAAGAAUUUUGGAGUCGAGAUUCAGAAAGCUCAGAAAACUCAGAAGAUUUAGAAGAAAACACUUUCUGGAAUAGUUUUCAAAAUGCUCUAAUGGUUAAUAAACGUGGUCAAAAUGGAAAAACCCAAAUUUUAUCUAUUAUAGCGGAUCAAUUUACCUAUAAACAACUUCGAAAAAAACUUCAG